CCCUGUUUGUAGUCCUCUCGUGCUGUUUUGACAGUGGUGCUAGCGAUUAGCACGCGGAUUUGUAGCAUAGUGAUUUGAGGGUCCGUCAGAUGAGCGUCCGUCUGAGCUGUUCAGUUCACUCAAAAUCGGAAACAUUAACUCCAUUUGUUGAAGAUGCAGGAUGACGCACGCUACCUCAAACGCAAAGUGACCGCGGGCAGUUUGGAUGUCCACCCCACAGAGAAGGCCCUUGUGGUCCACUAUGAAGUGGAGGCCUCCAUACUGGGAGAGGGUGGAGGUCACAUGCUGGGCGAACGAAAGGAGGGACAAAAAAUUAUCCGAGUGAAAAGUCUUUCUCCGAGCACAGACGUGGGAGCCUUGGCCAAGAAAGUGGUGGAGGAGUGUAAACUCAUCCCUCAGUCCCGUUUGCCCCAGGUGGAGCAGCUCCUCUACUACCUGCAGAACAGGAAGUCAUCACCUGUGGAGGGCAAAGCGGAGAAGAAAGAGAAAAGAACAGUGAAACCCAGAGAGCUGACACCGUUUGAAGGAAUGGAGUCCCUGGGCUCUUUGAAUGGAUUGCUGGUGUUGGAUGAGGAAGCCAGUGUCACCAGAGUGGAUGAGUACAUUGAGUUGCUGUAUGAAGGCGUCCCAGAGAAGAUCAGAGGCUCUGCUCUCAUUCUGCAGCUCGCCCGUAACCCUGACAACCUGGAGGAGCUGCUCCACAACGAGGCAGCCCUGGGUGCUCUGGCCAGAGUAUUGAGGGAGGACUGGAAACAGAGCGUAGAGCUGGCUACCAUCAUCAUUUACAUCUUCUUCUGCUUCUCCAGUUUCUCUCAGUUCCACGGAGUGGUGAGUCAUUAUAAAAUAGGUGCUCUGUGCAUGAGCGUGGUGGAACACGAGCUGAAGAGACACGACGUGUGGCGCGAGGAGCUGCGCAAGAAGAACAAGGCUUGUGAGUCAGCACCAGAGAGCGGCUCUCUGAGGAGAGACCAGGACAAAGCAGUAAGGAAGUACCACGGCCUUCUGUCCAAACAGGAACAGCUGCUCAGAGUGUCUCUUUACCUCCUGUUGAACCUCGCUGAGGACACGAGGACGGAGCUGAAGAUGAGAAAUAAAAACAUCGUUGUUCUACUCGUCAAAGUCCUUGAACGGGAUGACGAGGAGCUGCUGGUCCUGGUGGUUUCUUUUCUCAAAAAACUGUCCAUCUUCCUGGAGAACAAGAAUGACAUGGCUGAGGUGGACACUGUGGAGCGGUUGGCUCGCCUGGUUCCCUGUGACCAUGAAGACCUGCUGAACCUGACUCUGCGCCUGCUGCUCAACCUCUCCUUUGACUCUGGACUCCGAGCCAAGAUGGUGGAAGUUGGACUGUUACCUAAAUUAACGGCCUUGUUGGGUGAUGAGAACAACCGCCAGGUGUCCAUGCGUAUCCUCUAUCACAUCAGCAUCGACGACCGUUUUAAGGGCAUGUUUGUUUACACUGACUGCAUACCUCAGCUCAUGCAAAUGCUGUAUGAGCACGGUGAGGAGGACACUGAAGCUGAGCUCAUCUCCAUCUGCAUCAACCUGGCUGCCAACAAGAGGAACGCACAGCUCAUGUGUGAAGGAAAUGGGUUGAAGAUGCUUAUGAAGAGAGCUCUGAAGAUGAAAGACGGCCUUCUGAUGAAGAUGAUCAGAAACAUAUCUCAACAUGACGGACCAACCAAACCAGUGUUCAUAGACUACGUUGGUGACCUGGCAGCAGAGAUCCGUGCAGAGGAGGAGGAGGAGUGGGUUCUGGAGUGUCUGGGGACGCUGGCCAACCUCACCAUCCCGGACCUGGACUGGGAGUUGGUGCUGAAGGAGUACAACCUGGUACCCUACCUCAAAGACAGACUUAAACCAGGCUCAGCAGAAGAUGACCUCAUCCUGGAGGUGGUGAUUAUGAUCGGAACAGUUUCCAUGGACGAUGCCUGCGCUGCCAUGUUGGCGAAAUCUGGCAUUAUUCCUGCCCUUAUCGAGCUGCUGAAUGCCCAACAGGAGGACGAUGAGUUUGUGUGUCAGAUCGUCUACGUCUUCUAUCAGAUGGUGUUUCACCAAGCCACACGCGACGUCAUCAUCAAAGACACCCAGGCUCCAGCCUACCUGAUAGAUCUGAUGCAUGACAAGAACGCUGAGAUCAGAAAAGUGUGUGACAACACCCUCGAUAUCAUCGCUGAGUACGAUGAGGAGUGGGGGAGAAAGAUUCAGUCAGAGAAGUUCCGUUUCCAUAACAACCAGUGGUUGGAGAUGGUGGAAAGUCGCCAAGCUGACGAAUCUGAACCAUAUCUCUAUGAUAAUGAUGACAGGACCGAUCUCUUCUAUAGUGCAGAUGGAAUCACUCCAGCAGACGGUUCGGUCAGCCCAGAUUUCUUCAAUGACCUCCAGCCUCAAAAUGGAGACGUGCUCCACACGGGAGAUGUGUUCGACCAGACCAGCUCGUCAUCGGGACGACCAGCGACCGCCUACGGCUUCAGACCGGACGAGCAACCCUUCUACCAGUACUCGUAGACGCAGGACGUCCCGUCCACUCCACAGCCACAUGUUCAGGUCCCAUUUCACAUUGGUGUAGUCACCAAGUCACUGCUCAUCAAGGCUGAAAUACAUAACGCUACCACUACAAACUAUAUUACAUAAACCACCCAUUUCAACCAUUCACCACCAUGUAAAAGUAGUUCCUUCUUCUACUGACUUCCCAGUGGGUCAGCUUAUCAUUUCAAGGAUCUGAAGAGGCUUAAGACUUCUAAUGUAUGUUGAUAUGUUUUUGCACGUUUUCCUAUGUAAUUUCCUAUUGAAUAUCUUGAAAUCCACUGAACCCUUUAGUCAAGUGUUCCACUUUGUCUACAUGCUUAUGACUACAGUAUCAUGUUAUCCACAUGCACUACCAUGUACAUAGCUGUCCUUUGUCCAUGUUACUGUACAAGGGGCACGUUGUUGCUUGUGAUCCAUACAACUUAUGGUGCUUUCACAACAAGUGGAACUUGUCAAGUAGAACUCCUCUGUGGGGCUUUCUCUGUAUAUUUGACUCAUGUCAAACCAUAACAGUGUUAAUAUUUAUCCAGAAGAAGUUGGCCUCUCUUCCCAACAAUGCAGAGGUCACUAUCGUAAACAUCUGUUCUGACCUGCUGCCGAACACAGUCAAGGGACACCUCUGGGCCCAGAAAGCCCUUCCCCAUAGACUUCUAUUGGAAAGAGACAUUUAUAACUUGUAAAACAUAUUUACAUCAUUAUGUCCGACAAGUUGUAAAAUGCACUCUAUGCUGAAGUUAUUUCACGUGAAUGAGCCCGAGGCCGAGCAGAUCCUCCUGGUCCAAAGUCAAAAAAGAUAGAUGCAAGUACCAUCGCCAACAUUUCAUGACAUGUUUUUAUCCAACAACAUAUUCUGCUUCCAGCCAUAUUUGUUGGUGUUGAGCUUUUCCAAAAUGAUUUUCAGUGUGGUGAGAAAGUGUUUCCUCUCCAGCACUCACUGCUGUACCGGGGCGGUCUGGCAGCAAUCUGAUGGUACACAAAAGACACAUGCUAGCAUGUUGUCAUUUGUAUUGAUGCCCUAUAACAAUGGGGCGAGGCAAGAGAUGAAAUAUACAGCAAAAUUCAAAGCUUUGCAUCAUUGAAUAUCAAUAAGCUGUUAUAAGCCAAUUUACAUAUGUAACCAGUUGGGUUACAUAAUGAAUGUCAUCAUUAUUGGUAUGAUUUUUAUGUGUAUAAGUAUAAUUUUAAUUUCAAUUGAAGUCCCAGUUUGGUUAAGAUAACAAAUGUGUCUGAAUGUAUAAAUGUGAUUUGUUUUCUUCUUAAAACAACAGUUUAUUGUGCUGUUGACUAAGCUACAUGUGAAAAGGGGCGUCACACAUACUGUAUUGGCAGGACACUGAUAGUUAAUGCAAUGUUACUUCUAGGCAUAUUUGCACAUUCAUUUUUGAUGCAUGAUUAUGUUUUCUUUUUUAUUUAAGUAAUUGUUAAUCUAUAUAUAGUUGAUUUUGUUGCUGUAAACAUAUACUGGACUCUACAUUCUCUCCAUCUCUUUCACUGUCUUUCAUCCUCAGGUUCUUUAAUAAAAAUAAAUCCCACAUUUCA